GGCAGCCGGGGCCGCGCCGGGCUCGCCAUGGACUACUCCUACCUCAACUCCUACGAGUCCUGCGUGGCCGCCAUGGAGGCGAGCUACGAGUUCAGCCCCUGCAGCCAGGCGGGCUCCUUCCAGUACAGCCCCAUGCGGGGGGGCUUCGGGCCCGCGCCCGCCUGCGCCCCCCUCGCCUCCGCCAGCUGCGCCCUGGGCGCCCUCCGCGACCACCAACCCUCGCCCUACUCGGCAGUUCCCUACAAAUUCUUCUCGGACCCGUCGGGGAUCAACGAGAAGCGGAAGCAGCGGCGGAUCCGGACGACUUUCACCAGCUCCCAGCUGAAGGAGCUGGAGAGGGUCUUUGCCGAGACCCACUACCCCGACAUCUACACCCGCGAGGAGCUGGCCCUCAAGAUCGACCUCACCGAGGCCCGGGUGCAGGUGUGGUUCCAGAACCGUCGAGCCAAAUUCCGCAAGCAGGAGCGUGCGGCCAAUGCCAAGGGUGCCAGCGGCACCGGCGCCGCCGGGAAGAAGUCGGAGCCGCGCUCUUCCUCAGAAGAUGACGAAUCCAAGGAAUCCAACUGCAGCCCGACGCCGGACAGCACGGCGUCCCUGCCUGCCGCUGCCAUCGGCAGCCCCGGCGGCAGCCUGAGCCCCAGCCCCGGCGCGGGGGCACCCAUGGGACCCGGCCAUGCCCCACAGCCCCUCAAGGCGCCCCUCUGGGCAGGGGUGGGGGGUGGCAGCGGUGCCCCCAACGCGGCCGAGCUGCUGAAAGCCUGGCAGCCCACCGAGGCUGUGCCGGGACCCUUCUCCGGUGUCCUCUCCUCCUUCCAUCGGAAACCCAACGGCAUCAAAACAAACCUCUUCUGAUCACUGAGUCACCGGAUCCGGCUGCCCCCAAAUCCCCCCCAGCCCUCAUCCUGCAUCCCCCACCCACUGCCCCCGCCACGGACCCGGCCACGACGCUUCAGCAAACGGGGAGAUGGAGCAGGGACCGCCCCGCGCCACCUCCCGGACCCUGCGCCGGCGGGAUGGACCCGGAGCUGGGGCAGCUCCCACCGGCACCCGCGUGGGUGCUGCGGGACCGCGGGGGUGCAAGGCGGGGGCGGCACCGCCGUGCUCGGCCCCUGGCACGGCCUUCGCUUCUGGGGGCUCCCGGUGCGCUCCAGGGCUGGGGGCAGGCGCAGGGCUCCCCUCGGCACUGCGGGUGCUCCAGUAUCCUGGUGCCCGCCCCAGGAGAACCCCCUCCGAUGGGCUUUGCCGCUGGGCUGGGGGUGAGGAAGCACUUUAUGGGGCGGGGUCUGGGGGCCGCGGGGUGGGUGUUGCUGAGGAGUGCGGCAGGGAGACGCUCCUCGGUGUGGGAAGGGAAUGCCCCCCAAAUCCUGCCUGCUGACAUGGAUCCCCCCCCAGCAGCACCCCGGCGCGGUGGGACUGGAGGCGAGAAGACUCCGUUCCCCAAGAUUUUGGGGAGUAAAAGCAGGGCUGGGGGAUUCGGGACUCGCCAGCACUGCCGUGGGUGCUGCCCACGGGGACGGGGCACCAGAACGGCUGGCUGGGGGUGAGGGGGUGGUGGUGAGGGAUGGAAGCCCUGGAGCCGCAGUGGGACCCCUCGGGGGAGCAGGGACCCCUCUGAACAGCCGGUGGGACCCCUCGGAGGAGCCGGGGCCCCCCAGAGCAGCCAGUGGGAGUCCCUGGAGCAGCUGGUGGGACCCCUCGGAGUAGCCGGGCCCAGCAGCAGGAUGGGUGCUCCCACUGCAGCUGCCACGGGUGCAGUCAGGACCCCCCAGCACAACAUCCUGAUCUCACAAAGGGUCCCCAGCAGGGGACUGGGGUGCUGGUGGGCCCCCUUGCACCCAGCCCCCCCCCCUACACUGGUGCUGCCGUGCCGCUUGGCUUCGUGGCAUGGUGAGCAUGCUGGCAGCCCACCCGUGUGUCCUCGUCCACCCCCCGUCUCCCCCAGUGCCUCCGAGGUGAGGUCCCCACUUUUCUUUCGUUUUUUUUAACCAUUCUGUAAUUUAUUGCCCAUGUUUGCAAACGCCACCAAUCCAAAUAAAACUUAAUUUAUUGAUGCUGCUGCUGGCCCCCAGCCC